GCCUGGGUCAUCUUUCAGAGUGGAGCCUGGGUGGUGUGAGGGGAGCUCGGGUGACUCUACCAGUCCAAACCAAGCAUACACUGACGCAGUACUGGCCUGUUGCACACCAGAUGCAUUGCAUGACGGCUGCGUCUGGGAACUGCUGCUCUUUCUGCAUUGGCUUUGCUUUUGAUAAUGGCCACAAAUACAUAAUGAGCUUGGUGUCAACCAUCAUUGAUGAGCGGUCCCAAAAGUGAAAACCAGAAAGUCUUCAGGAGGAGAGAGCGCACCAGAAAAUGACUGCCCUUCACCUUAUGUUCUGUUAACCUGUCGACAUAAUUAUAGGCUACAUUGGGUUACUGCUAUGACUAAAUAGUAGGCAUGUAGCCUCCACGUCCCACUUUCAUAACAUGCAAUUGCAAAAAUUGUUUACAAAUUUCAUAUUUAUAUAUCUGUGACAGAUAGCCUAGUCAUUGAAAUGACAGUGAAAUGUGUCAGUUAUGUAAUGUUGCUGGUAUGAUGUCAAUAUGACUGUCAACAGAUCUACAUACCGGUAGUCUAUUUUUGUUGAGAACAGCUUACCUCACCAGUGAAAAAUAGGCUCCAGGCCGAAACUCUAGAUGACUCGCGGCUGAAGAGCGCCUGACGCACGUCCCAUGCAGGCAGUGAAUGCUCUAACCUGUUUACAUGGGCGCCGAAAUGAAAGUCCAGACGUGCCGCAGCCGUCAUCCACGCAACACAUGUGUGUCAAGAGCCCAAACUUGGACUACUACGUCAUCACUGAAAUCCAUCUGAGAAGACGUUUCAACAACGUAACGUUACUAGUGGUGAUUGGUAGCCUAUUUUCAGAAGGUGCUGUCAUCUUUAAGCAUAAUUUACAUCAUAAACCCAUAAAGCGAUACGUUUAAAAAGGGAAGUCGCACGAAGCCAUUACAGGUUACUCUCAACGUGCUGAUAGCAUAACAAUCACACGAGACCAACUGUAGGCUUAUCCAGAGAAAAAAAACGAUUCACAGUACCGGAUAGUUGGCCAGUCUUGCGGAUUUCAGGAUUGCCAGUGGCCACAGCGGAAUAUCACUUAAUCUCUGGACACAACAGACCGGUAAUAUGGCUUCGUUUUCUUUUGAGGAUACUUCAAAACCAUUUAUCUACAGAUCCACUGCAAACAUUAUCAUAUCUCGUCUGCAUGGUGAAGAGGCUCCUAUCCAUCCACAGAGGGAGUUUCAGAGAAAACACUUGAGUUCAGAAAAUGGUUAUCAUUACGGUGAUUGUGCUCAGUCAGACUUGAUAGCGAACCGCCUCGACCGUUUGUGGACAAAAAGAGACACUGGCUCAAAUGGUACCAUUGACGAAGUUACUGGAAAGCACCAAGACAAGGCUCAAACCACCCUCUCGCCGAAUCCGAACGUAACUGAGAUCGACAAAAAGGUGAUCUGCUACUUGUGGGAAGUUACAAAACAAAAUACAUACCUUCACGAAAGGCAAAAGUACCGGUUCCAGGUAAUCCCCGAUGGCAACUGCCUCUACAGGGCGGUGAGUAGGGCAGCCUAUGGGGACCAGUCAAUGCACAAGGAAUUGAGAGAACAAACAAUGCAUCACAUCGCUGACCACCUGGAGGACUUUAACUCCAUCAUUGAAGGGGACAUCGGGGAGUUUCUUAUCAGUGCCUCACAGGAAGGAGUAUGGGCUGGAUAUCCAGAGUUGUUGGCUAUGAGCAAGUUUCUCAAUGUGAAUAUUUACCUGACCACUGGAGGAAGUUUUGAAAGUCCUACUGUCUCCAGUAUGGUUCAUUUCCUUGGCGAGGAGGACACAACCAAACCCGUUAUCUGGCUAAGCUGGCUCAGUAACGGUCAUUACGACGUGGUGUUAAAUUGCUGUGUGCCCAACCCAGAGUAUGAUGAGUGGUGCGAAAUAAUGCACCAACAAAAGACAACGGAUGAAGAGCUGGCCAAAUCAAUAGUCACAUAAUAAACUAUGUACUGCAGAAUGUCGUUCACUGAAUGACAAUUUGAUAAUGAAUGACCUCGAUAGGAAUAGGCCUGCUUUCGCUAGUCUACUAUAGGCCAUUGUGUUCAAGAGGUAACUGUAGCAGGCAAUCAUUGUUUAUACUAUUGUCUGAUAUUAAUGGACCUUUAUAUUGCUCUCAAAACAAUGUUUCUGAUCUGGUCAAAGUUUCUGAGCACACCUCAAACAUAAAGCCCAUGGCCUACUUUUUAUAAAAACUGUUCCUUCUGAUGUCUUUUUGUUUUUUACUGUAUGGCUACAUAUUUUUUUUUCUUUAUUUUCAAUAUUUAUUUUUAUGGUCACUCACUGUAAAAUUGUCAAAAUGAUUUUACCAAUUAUCCAGUAGUUUCUGUAUUUCAUACCACGGUAGAAUUACCAUAAAACUAACUACAGUAGUUUUUAGUACACUGUAAAAUAAAGUACCCUGUUAUUA